GCUCCCUAAUAUAUGCGCACAUGGGUGAUGCCAUGGAAGAAAGAAAGAACUUUGAGAGCAACAGAAAAAUAAAAAAAUGAUGGGAUAUUUAAAGAAAGAAAAUGUGGCUCCGGUGCAAGAAAUCAAGGGUUCAAACGUCGCCGGUGGCUCGAAUCCCGACGGUGUUGGUGGCUUAGCGUCGCAGGAGAUCGCUGCUCGGACCUCGUCGGUGGAUAGUUUCUACGAGAAACUCAGCAAGCUGUUCGAGUCGUCUGGACUGAGUCUCCUAUUUAAUUUCCGGGAAACAAGCUUGGACUUGUAUGUGUUCUACAAAGAAGUCACUGACAGAGGAGGAUUUUGUCUGGUCACUAAAGACGGGAAGUGGGUUGAAGUUGCAUCUACCUUGAACACAAAAAGCAUUGUUUCGAUGUCACCGAUUCAACUUCAAAAGCUUUACGCACAAUUCCUUUACCAGUUUGAGCAAACCUAUCACUACCGGACUCCUGCACAAGCAGCUGCUGCUCCAGGUCAUUCUCCUUGUAUGGGAGACAACUCAAACUCCUCAACAAGGAAGCGGAAUCAUGGCAACAUUUCUCCCUUUUUGACGGUUGAUUUGUUUAACAAGGAUGGCCCAACCGCAAAAAAGAAGUGCAGCGACAACUCUAACCAAUUGUCGACAGGGCCACCACCAAAAAAGAAACUUGUGCAGACACCACCAAAAAAGGACAGAAAGAAAGAUCCUAAUGCUCCCCUAAGAUCAAGAAGUGCGUACCAGCUGUUUCUCAUGAAGGAAUGCGAUCGACUCAAAAAGAUCCAUGGGGAGACCUCAGCAAGCCAAAAUACCCGAAACAUGGUUAUAGAUGCGUGGAGGCAUCUUUCUGAGAGCGGUCGACAGCCAUAUGUUGAAGAGAGUAUGAAGGACAAGGAAAGAUUCAAUAGGGAAAUGAAUGCCUACAAGGAGCGGAAGAACAUGCCCGGGAAGACAGAUGGUGACUACCAUGUGAAUGUGCAACUUGCUCCUGGAAACUUCUUUAUCCCAGAUGAAUCCGCAGCUGAAUUAGCCAGUCGACUGAUGAAGAACGGGCAACCAAAUGAAUCUGCAGCUGAAUUAGCCAGUCGACUUAUGAAGAACGGGGUCAACGGGCAACCAACUGAAGACACCUUAUUCCAGAUUAACUGGGACAGUUACUGUGGGUCACUUGAUAUACCCAUUUAAAAGGAUCGGUAGCUGGUUUUGUUUCUGAAACAUAUGGCGCCGUGGAUGGUGCCCCUUUUGGGAGGUAUGUCGCAUAUGGUAUCGUUGUCUCCUUUUUGUAUAGUUCCUGUUUGUGUAGUUGCUAUAGUCUAAAUGCGUAUACACGAAAGAUCUGCAUGUCUCCGGGGGAGGUUUUGUGCUUAUGGUAAUGUUGACUGUUUUUGCAUGUGUCAACAUACUCUCCUUUAUGUACGUUGUACGUCUUGUUUUUUCUUUUUCUUUUUUGGGGAGUUUCUAUGGUUUAACUGGAUUCCGAUCGAGAUUCUCUCCGUUUCAAUGCACGACAUUGCAACAUCAAA